CAGCGCUUUUCUGGCGGGGAGGGGACGUGUCUCUUGCCGGCGCAGCCAUGGCUCACGCAAACCCCGUGCCUAAACUCUACAGAUCUAUUAUUGAAGAUGUGAUUGAAGGUGUCUGGGAACUCUUUGCAGAAGAAGGUGUGGAGGAACAGGUCUUGAAAGACUUGAAGCAGGUUUGGGAAGCAAAGGUGACUCAGUCUAAAGCAACAGAAGGCUUCUUCAAACAUAGCCACUAUUCACCCCAGUUCACCUUGCAGUUGCCACACAACUUACAUCGCACACUUCAGACAUCAACAGCUUCUUUAGUCAUCCCUGCUGGCAGAGGUAUUCAACAAUUCACAACAGCAGACCUGGAUGCUUCACGAACCGGUGCAACUUUGACUCUCCCUUCGGGUAUCGCUUAUCCUAUCCAUGUACCUGCUGGAGUAACGCUACAGACUGCAUCUGGGCACCUCUAUAAGGUAAAUAUGCCUGUUAUGGUUACACAGGCCCCAGGAGGUACAAGUAUUCUGCAGCAUCCUAUUCAGCAAAUAUUUCAGCAGCUUGGGCAGCCUUCAGUACUGCAGGCCAGUAUUGCCACUGUUGCACAGGUGAAUGCAUCUUCUGUUCCAGCAACUGCUGAAAGACUACAAACCCAGGAAGCCCCACUCCAGCAGCCCACUGUACUGCAACAAAGGGGAGUGGAAGCAAAACACUCGGAAAACUCUGCAAAUGCUACUCUAUUACAGCAACCUACUAGGAGUCAGCAGCAAGUUACAACUAAUACAAUUUUGAAUCAUCAGGCAAACUCAACAGAAUAUUUCCAAUACACCAACCUUCAAACAGCUGUGUUUACUUCAAAAUCCUCUGAAAUGGAUUCUACCACUGAACCAAUUGCAAGCAGUUCAUUCAGCAUAACUCGGAGUGUGCAAGACCAAUUAUCCACAGAGCUACAAGAUUCAGUGCAGCAACAGGUGUCUGAUGAUAUCAUUGAGAUGAUUAUUCUGGGUAAUGGCUUGGAUGCUAGUACCCUUCUAAAAGAGCAGGACAGCAUUUCUGUCACUGAAGAGAUGGAACCUACUGUACUGAUGGAAUCUGACAUACGGACAGAAAAGGAGAUCUGCAGUGACAUUGAAGGGAUCAUUCAGCUAGAUGGAAUUGAUGAUGUUUUUCCUAAGGAGGAAACAGAAAGUACAAGAGAUGUGGAAGAAAAUGAAUUUAUUGGUAUUAUUGAUGCGGAGGAUCUGAAAGUGUUGGAGGAGGAGGAAGAUGAAGAAGGUGACAGUAUUUCAAAUGCUGAAUCCAGCGGCAGCAGUGAUACUGAAGAGCCCCAAAUAGACAUAAUUGAGGAGAUCCAGAAUAUCCACUGGUAG